UCACGCGCCCCAAGCCCGCAGGCGGAGCGCGACGCGGUUGGUGGGUUGCGGACCACGUGGCCAGAAGUGAGGGCAGAGGAAGCCCGCCGCCCGCCCGGAGCCAGGAUGGCGGUGUGCAUCGCGGUGAUCGCCAAGGAGAACUACCCCCUGUACAUCAAGAGCCUCCCCACGGAGAACGAGCUGAAGUUCCACUACACGGUGCACACCUCGCUGGACGUGGUGGACGAGAAGGUCUCGGCGCUGGGGAAGGCGCUGGUGGACCAGCGGGAGCUCUACCUCGGCCUCCUCUACCCCACCGAGGACUACAAGGUGUAUCCUUGCCCGGGGGCUGCAGGGGGUGGGGCUGACCCGCCCAGCAGAGAGAGAGAGGGAGGGAGGGAGCCUGGAAGGGACACUUCAAACCGGGCAGCUGUCCGACGGGUGGGCUUCAGCUCCCAGGGUUGAUACUGUUGCCUGGGG